GAGAGAACUUGGUUGGUGUUACGUGCGAUGCUUUGAAACUCUGAUUAUAGUUUUGGUGUGUUAUUUUGAGAGCAUUUUGACGUCGGUGUUACGUGUGGUACCUUACAGUGAAAACUUUGUCUACUAGAAUUUUGAAUUACGGAUAACACUAUACUAAACGUUGACUAAACCUUUGGAUGUGUCAUACAUAAGUGACUAAAUUUAGAGAAAAAACACCAUAAUAAUUAGAAAAUGUGAUAGCCGGUAAUAUGGGCUGAAGAAAUACUUACAGCUAAAUAAAGGAAAGUUAUUUUAGUGACAAAAAAUGUUAUUCAACCGAUGAAGGAAAGAUGAAUGUGGUUGCUAGUCAGCUAUUCAGGAAAUGAAGACAGUCGAGGCAUUCUGAGUGUCUGAGGGCUACUCUCCCAUCGGCGUCCUGAUAAAAGGGAUAUAAAGCUUGAAGAUUCUCCCUAAGAAAAAGUGGUUUCAACAUGACCAUCACUUACACGCAUAAGGUUUCCGACUGCAAGGGCUUCGGGUCGUUCUGGAGGCUUCUGUUCAGAUGGAAAGGAAGUCUCUACAAGCUGGUUUGGCCUGACACCCUGGUCUACUGUUUCCUUUAUUUCAUCUGUUCCAUGGUCUAUAGAUUUGCCCUGGACGAUGAACAGAGAAGGAUCUUCGAACACCUCUCCCUCUACUGCGACUACUUCAGGAACCUCAUCCCCAUCUCCUUCGUCCUGGGCUUCUACGUGAGCGUCGUGGUGCAAAGAUGGUGGGAGCAGUACCUGUCUAUCCCGUGGCCGGACAACUUCGCUCUCUUCUGCUCUUCCUAUAUCAGUGGCAAGAACGGACCUCCACGCCUGAUAAGAUUAACAAUGCUAAGAUACGUGAAUUUAAACUGCGCUCUGAUCUUCGCCAAAAUUUCCCCGACGGUCAAGAAAAAAUUUCCUUCCUAUAAGGAUCUGAAAGAAGUUGGAUACAUGACAUCCAACGAAAUGCGGAUACUAGAGGCUCAGGGCUCGAAGUCCAGCGUCCCCGUGGUGUUCCUGCCUCUCCUGUGGGCGUGCAAGCUGGUGGAGCGAGCCAGGACGGCGGGUUAUAUCAAGGACGACUUCGGCGUGAAGCUCCUGCUGGAGGAACUGGCUAGUCUGAGGAACAAGAGCGGGAUGCUGCUUCGCUGGACGGAGAUCAGCAUCCCUCUUGUGUACACGCAGGUGGUGACUAUGGCCGUGUAUUCCUUCUUCUUCUUCUCCGUCUUGGGUCGCCAGUUCCUCGACCCCGCGCAGAACUACAACAACCGGACCAUUGAUUUCUUCGUGCCAGUGUUCACCUUGUUGCAGUUUUUCUUCUAUAUGGGCUGGCUCAAGGUGGCCGAGUCGCUGGUCAAUCCUUUCGGAGAAGACGACGACGACUUCGAGAUGGAUAAGAUUCUCGACCGCCACCUGGAGAUGUCAUACCUCCUCGGGAACAUCACGACGCUGGAAGACCCGACCGACCAGGAGGACAUGUACUGGGGCAAGACGUUCUCUCAGCACCUCGACGACGGCGACCUCGGCCUUUUCAGCACCCCGACGCGCCCUCCCAGGCCCUCCUUUACCAAGAAGGAACAGCUGAUCAAGAGGACGUCGACGGGGAGUCAGCCGGACGCCCCGAGCAAACAGCAGAACCUCCUCAGCAGACAGCACUUGACUCUCGAUAUCCAGACGGAGUCGCCGAAGAGUGGGACUUCCUCACUGCAGCGAGGACGACGUCUGAGUCAAGGUCAGCCUAUCAUCAAGGAGGACCUCCUGUCCGACGACGGGGAAGACGCGGAGAGCGAAGGACUGGCCCAGACUCCGACGUCUCAGAACAGGAAUCCUUUUGACUUCAUGUGGGAGGAAAUGGAUGUGAGUCCUACAAGUGAGAUUCUGAGUCCUAGCAGACCAGUGAAGCAAUCCUCAUCGCUGCCUCCAGGCUUCGAUAACAGACCUCCCCUGAGAGUGCCCGAGACCGCUUCAGACCCGAAGACCGAAGCCAAAGGACACGUCAACCCCGGCUUCGAACCAACGAACCCAAGAACAUCCCCGGCGUCCUUCGGAAACCACGUCGAGGGCAUCACCAACCCGAGGUAUUCUCCCGAAGUGCCGUCGACAUACCCUCCCGAAAGUUCUGCUAACGAUGCCCACCUUCGGGCCGAUACCCAGAGACUCCACGCUCCGGGGGGAGGUCACAUCGGCGCCCUCAGGAAGGUCCCGAGUAGUCCUUCCAGUCUCGACCAAAGGAAAUGAGAACUGAAGAUACAGAAGAAGUUUUCUCUCCUGUUCCCUCUGAAGCUGACUCCUCUCGGCGCCCACCCCUACGCCCACCAAAGACGCCCUUCACUACACCCCACUGCAUAGGGCGUACCCAGACGUCUUGCAAGGAGCGAUAUAGGUGUGCGGGUCAUUACGACACUCGACACACCUUUCUCGAUAGGCCUACGUAGGUUCUACAGGCCCGGGAAUGAGUCUAAUAGUCACUGAAAGUGUACUAAUUAGAUAUGUAUUAUAUUAAGGCUUAACGGAGCUUAUGUAUCACAGUUACAGAAUGUAACAGUAUAUUAAGGUUGACAAAAACGACUAAAGUCAAAAUCUAUGUGAAAGAUAUUUGUAAAAAAAUGUGUUCUUGUCUCGGUAUUUCACGAAGAAAAAAGUCGGUCAGGAGAAAAAGAUAUAUGUAUUUUAAUUGUGAUUUAUGAUGAUCCAGAUAUAAACAGCAGACGACAUAUUGCCGUUAUUAUUAGUAUUGUUAUUAUUUUGUUUGUUGUCAUCAUGAUACCUAAUAGAGGGAAUUUAUAACGAGUUUAACUGUUUGCACGAUGUUAUAUAAAGGUAACUAUCAUAAAGUUUUCAUGAAA